AUGUUAAUUGAAGUUGAACAUUGGUCUGGUGCUGGAAAUCGUUUUGUUAUUGUUGAUUAUCGAAAAAAAGAAGAAAAUAUUCAAUGGAAUUGUCUAGUCAAAAGUUUAUGUAAACGAAAUAUUUUAGCUGAUGCUGAAGGUCUUCUUGUUUUAAUUGAAAUAAAUAAUAAAAAUUCAACUUGUGUUUAUGAUUUUUAUAAUCCUGAUGGUUCAACAGGAGUUAUGUGUGGAAAUGGAGCUAGAUGUGCUAUUAAACAUGUGAGUUUAAUAGAAAAUUUAAAUAAUAAUUCUAUUAAAUUAGUAUUAAAUGGUUGUUCAUAUGAAGGAAAACUUGUUAAUAAUGAUAAUGUUGCUUUACGAUUACCUUUAUAUAAAGAAUUACGUUUUAUUGAUAAUUGGACAUAUGUUAAUGUUGGUAAUCAUCAUGUUGUUAUUGAUGCUCGUGAUUUAGUUAAAUCAAUUGAAGAAUUUCAUUUAUUUAAUUUAGUUAAAUUUUCAAAUGAAUAUAUUAAUAUUUAUAGAAAUAAACUUUCAAUUUAUUCAAUAAAUAUAAAUUUAGCUUAUUUAAUAAAUGAUCAAUCGAUUAUUUAUUUAAGAACAUAUGAAAAUGGAGUUUUUAAUGAAACACAAUCAUGUGGAACAGGAGCUAUAAGUACUGCUAUUACUUUUUGGAUGAAAAAUAUAAUUAGAAAUAAAAUUAUUUAUUUAAUGCCAAUAAGUAAAAGAUUAUUAACUGUACAUAUUGAUAUUGAUGAUAAACAAGAAUCAAUUUUAGGAAUGAUUUUAGAAGGUGAUGCUAAAAAAGAUGCACCUUCAAAUAAAUUUGAUACAACAUCUAUUAAAUAUCUAUAA